AUGGUUGUCGAUAAAAUCCAAGUGUCGGGUGAUUCCCGAGUUGAGUACAAGACUGCCAAUCUCAAUGGACACACCUACUCUUACCUUCUCAGUCAACCCAAGUCAGGAACCUACAAGGCCACAAUAUUCCUAAUUCAUGGCUUCCCCGACAUCUCAAUGGGGUGGCGGUAUCAGAUCCCCAUGCUUGUCGACAUGGGCUUGCGCGUAGUCGCUCCUGACUGUUUGGGAUACGGACGAACAGAUGCACCAGACGACUUCACACCCUACUCGCACAAAAGCUGCGCAGCAGACAUCAAAGCCCUGGCGACCCAUCUCGGCGAGACUCAGAUCAUCCUCGGUGGACAUGACUGGGGUGCUGCGUUCGCCUACCGCAUUGCUCUAUGGUAUCCGGAGCUGGUGAGCCACUUGUUCACUGUCUGUGUGCCGUACGCGCGCCCAAUGAAAGAGGGCAUUUCUCUCGAAAGCUUGGUACAGAAUUCAGCGCCGCAUUUCGCGUACCAGCUUCAGUUCAAGAGUGGAGAGCUGGAAAAGGUUAUUCGCUCCAAGAGCGAUAUUGGCCAAUUCCUACUUGCGCUUUAUGGAGGCCGCACUGAGGCCGGCGAGGUCGGGUUUGAUGCCCACAAGGGUGUUUUGGUGGAUAAGAUUGGGGGCCUCAAGCCUUCGAGGCUGUUGACUGAAGAGGAAUUGGAGUAUUAUACGAAUGAGUUUGCUAGGAGUGGUGUCCAUGGUCCUCUUAAUUGGUAUCGAACCCGAGAGGUGAAUCACAGAGAGGAGCUUGAGAUUCUUGACAGGCAGAUUCAGAUCCCUACCCUGUUUAUUCAGGCGUUGAGAGAUCAAGCUCUACCACCGCAUUUGGGGAAGUCGAUGGCGAAGCAUAUUCCCAAUUUCACCUUGAAACAGGUCAAUACCUCACACUGGGCGUUGUGGGAGAAGCCCGAGGAAGUUAACGUUAUCAUCUCGGAUUGGUUGAAGGAGAAUGUUUUUGUUGGUAGAGCUGGCAAGCUCUGA